AUGCCUGGAGACCGGAUUGAGGUGAGGACAGGGAAGCCUCCCAUUAAUGAUUCCUCGCCCACUGUUCCCAAUCUUCCCACUGCUCCCACUCCACACCUGGCCCAGCCCUGCUGCCCAGCAGGCCUGCAGCGCACGCCAACACACACACCCCUUCAUGCACAGAACACAAACCGGGGCCCAGCUGGCAACACUGACCAGCUCAGAAUCACGCCUGGGGUCCCUCAAAGACCGACAGACGUCAUGGACAGUGAAGUGGAAACAGGGAACAGCAGCCUCGACAGCCCGAUGCACCUGACUGGGCUGGGGAUGACCUGUCUUCUUGGUCAAAAGUACCGUCACUCUGGGCCGGGCCUCACCAGUCCUCAGGAGUACAACCAGUGGCUACCUUACCGCCACGACGCCAGCCUGAUGCCCAUGAAAGAGGACCUGGCUCUCUGGCUCAACACUCUCACCGGUGAAGACCUCAUAGCAGACAGUCUGAUGGAGAGGUUAGAUAACGGCGUAGUUCUCUGUCAGCUGGCACAGCUGGUCCAGGACAAGAUGAUGGACACCAACAAUGGCAAGCCUUUAAUUAGAAGAGUGAUCCACUGGCGAGCAGAUGCAACUUCUGGAUCAUUCUUCGCCCGAGACAACACUGCCAAUUUCCUCUACUGGUGUCGAAAGAUUGGCAUGGAUGAGGCUUACCUUUUUGAGUCAGAGGAUUUGGUCCUCCACAAGCAGCCUCGAGAGGUGUGCCUGUGCCUGAUGGAGCUGGGCCGGAUUGCAGCCAGGUACGGAGUGGAGCCUCCCGGGCUGGUGAAGAUAGAGCGAGAGAUAGAGCGGGAGGAGGCGGGGAGCUUAUCUCCAUCAUCCCCUCUGCCCCUGUCCUUUUUUCCUCCUGCAUCUUUCUAUUCACCAUCACAAUCGUCCACACCCCCUGCUCCCUCUCCUCCACCUUCUCCUCCUCCACCUGCGCCCCUCACUCCCAGCACAACCUGUGUGGGUGAACCCCUCGCCUGUGAUCUUCCAUCAGCCACAACAAACCCAGCAGCUACAUGUCAGUCCUCCCUCUCAGCCUCUGACCCUUGUACAACCACAGCCUCUACACAGACGCCUUUGUUCUCUUCAUCCUGCACCACUCAAACAUCUGCUUCAGCUCCAUUGUUAGCUCCCUCGCCGGGACCCACCCUGCUUUCCACUCCCAAAGUCUUCUUCACCACAGUAAACAACCACACUCCCAAAGCUACACCCCCCAUCAACUCCCCACCUCCUCGUUCCUCCUCUAGCAGAACGAAGAGCAGGAGAAGCACAGACACCAAUGACAUUUUGGAUGAUAUUGUGAAAAACAUUAUCGAGAAUCCCCCCUGCAGCUGUCUAACCAGGUUCCUCGUUGAGAAGCAACCUAAAGGCUGCUACCGUGUUGGAGAUAAAGUUCUCUAUAUAAGGAUGCUGAAUGAGCGCCAUGUGAUGGUACGUGUAGGCGGGGGCUGGGAGACCUUCAUAAGUUACCUGCAAAAACAUGACCCCUGCAGAGGACCGGUGGGCAGACCUGAGGUCAGGGUCUGCAGGGUCAAAGCCAAGCCCCCCAAUCUGAACAUCUCACCUGACAGCUACAUGGUGGUGGGGGCCCACUGCCGUAACAAGAAGUAG